GUUGUUACAGUAUAUAGUGUACAGGGCAUUAGCUUGUCUUUAGUUUUAGAGUUAAUGUGUCCGAAAGAACUAACACCAUGCUGGAUUAUUCUGUUUUCUUAAACCUGCUUACAUUGGUUCUGUCCGCGGGGAUACUAAAGAGAGAGGAUGUAAACGUGUCACUAGGGGAAAAUGCGACGUUUUUGUGCGAGCGUCCGGGCGCCAGUGGAGUAAAGCAGGUUAUAUGGCAGCAGCACAGAGAUGACGGCACCCUGCGCAGUAUGGUCACUUUCACUGAGCGCUCUAAACCCCAGGUGGACGAUGCCUUUGUGGGCAAAGUGAACGUCAUCGUGGCGUCAAUCCAAACAACUACUAUCGUGAUAAAGAACGUGACCUUCGCAGAUGAAGCCUGCUAUGUCUGUACCUUCAGUGUUUAUCCGUCUGGAACCGAGAGGGAGACAUCAUGCCUCACUGUACAUGGUUUAUCAGAAGUCACAUCACAGUUUUCGGGUAAACCAAAGGACAAGGACGUUGUUGUCUCUUGCUCAGCCACUGGUAAACCUAAACCGGUGAUCAGCUGGUGGUCUGAAGAGGAAGAACUGAGCGAUUACUCAGCAGAGACUUUCAUAGUACACAAUGAAGACAGUACAGUCACAACUACAAGCAACCUCACAAUUCCCCAUUUACAAUUUGGUGGAAAAUACGUGAAAUGUUUGGCUAAAAGUGGCAAUACAGAGAGGAAUAUAAACAUCAUUGUGGAUAAACCGAUAGAUAUAGAGACUCCAGCUACAUCCAGAUAUUACGUUUUGUCUGCUGUCGUCAUGAUCAGCUGUGUUAUCGUUGUUACCAGUUGUGUUAUUAUUUUUCACCGAAAUCAGAGAAAACAUGAAAAACACCUUAUUGAGAUCAUCUAAUAUCAGAACUUUAAUGUAUUCUGGACAUUAUGCUGUAUGAGGUCAUUGGAAAACAGCUGGAAACUAAAGAUCGAUUAUAUUGUGUUCCAAACUUUACCUGGAAUUGAAAGCACUUUAUUCACAGAAAGCAGUCCAAGCAUAUUUAUUAAAAAGUGGAUUUAUUUUUGUUAAAUU